GCCUAUUUGCAUUGUCGCGGAGACUCAGGGCGGGCGUGUGUGUUGAGAAGGAAGUCAGACGAGAGGAGCUGUGUGUGGGGAGGUUUGUGAGAACAGACGCCAAAGACCCACUUUCCGAGAGAAAGAACAUCUGCACAUAAGAUGCUGUUGUUGCAACUGGUGUUGCUCACGGUUCUUGUCCCAGGUGGUGACAGUGACGAUGACUUCCAGGAGCUGAUCACUUUUCGAAUCAUCCUGACCACAUCUUUUUACAACCGUGCCCGGGCACAAAAUCAGGGUUCAGCUUGGCUGGGACAGCUGCAGACUCAUGGCUGGGACAGCAAGACCGGAGCUUUCAUUUUCCUGUGGCCUUGGUCCAGGGGCAACUUCAGCAAUCAGCAUUUCAUGGAACUGGAAAAGUUAUUCCAUUCAUACUCCAUUAGAUUUCUUCAGGUAUUUCAGGACCAUGUCAGUCAAUGGCAGCUUGAAUAUCCCUUUCAGGUCCAGCUGGAAGGAGGCUGUGAGCUGCACCUUGGAGAAGCAUCAGUAGGAUUUGUGAGGGUUGCAUAUCAAGGAUCAGAUCUCAUGAACUUCCAGAACACAUCAUGGUGGCCAUCUCCAAAGGGAGGAAGGAGGGCUCAGCAGGUCUGCACAGUCUUCAAUCAGCACCAUGUGGUCAAUGUAAGAACACAGGCACAAAUCAAUGACAUCUGCCCCCAUUUCCUCUUGGGUCUUCUUGACGCAGGAAAGACAGAUCUGCAGCGACAAGUGAGGCCCGAGGCCUGGCUGUCCACUGGCCCAAGUCCUGGUCCUGGCCAUCUGCUCCUUGUGUGCCACGUCUCUGGUUUCUACCCAAAGCCAGUGUGGGUGACGUGGAUGUGGGGUGACCAGGAGCAACAGGGCACCCGACGAGGUGACGUUUUGCCCCAUGCUGACGGGACAUGGUAUCUUCAGACGUCCUUGGAUGUGGAAGCCAGAGAGGCAGCCGGCCUGUCUUGCCGAGUGAGACACAGCAGUCUAGGAGGCCAGGAUAUUGUCCUCUACUGGGAGCAGCACCGCCCCGUGGGCUUGGUCUUCCUGGCGGUGGUCGUGCCCAUGGUGCUUCUGGCAGGUCUUGCGUUCUGGCUCUGGAAGCGCUGGAAAUCACACUGGAGACAUCAGUGCACUGGCCUUCCUUUGGAGUAAGAUCCCUGCAGCCCCGGUUCCAGCACUUACCUAAACCCAGCUCAGUGGUGAUGGAUUUGCAAGUCUCUGUGUGCAACUUUUGUCUUUCCUUUCUGCUCAAUGAUCAGUUGUCAAUAUCAGCUGAGUGCCAUUUAGUGGGAUGUGUUGUUCUCACCUCUUUCUGGGACUUAAAUCUCAAAAUUCUCUCAAAGUAAAAUGAAGUCUGAGUACCUCCCUGGGUCACAGGCAACAGAUGUCAUUUCCUCCUGGGAGGCCUCCCCGAUUCACAAGUGGAAGGAGUCUGUGCUUUGUGAGAGUUUCACACCACCUUUAGUUUCUUUUUGGAAAUGUAUGCCUCCCUUCCCAUCCUUUGUGACCACGCAGUUAGGUCCGUUUUCCCUUCUAAUUCGUAGACAUUUUGUGGGCAAAGUCCAUGUCUUUUUAAUAUUUGUAUCCUUGGCAAAGAGUCUCACCUGCAUGUAAUAUGUCCUCAACAAAUACCUGUGUUGAAUUUAUGCCAAUUUUAUACUUUUUUCUUUUUCUCGUGA